UGUUCAUAGGGAGCAGACUCUGCGUCAUAAUGAAAGUAAAGGGAAAGCAGUUGUCAAGUGACUCCUUCAGUGUCUGCGCUUGUCUGUAAAUACUGUGUAAAACUCUUCCUCAAACUUAACAGAAAACCACACGAAAGCAGAGAGGUGUCAGAAGUGAAAGUGAAAGAGACCCCAGUAAAUGCAUUAGACAUGGCAUCCAGCAAGGGUAAGCAGAGUCUGAGGGAAGAUCUGACAUGUGCCAUCUGCUUUGAGCUCUUCAAAGAUCCCGUCCUGCUGGACUGCAUGCAUCAUUUCUGCAGGACAUGCAUCACGUCUUACUGCAGGACUGUCAGGGGUCCGGUGGCCUGCCCUCAGUGCAGAAAAGAGAUUUCCAACAAACGCUUUCAGACCAACUAUUUAGUAGCAGGUUUGGUGGAUAAGGUCAGGGCCAACUCCAGCUCUGGAUCUGUCAAGUAUUUAGAGAAGCAAUUAAGGGACUGUCUGGAGUCACAGCGCUCCAUAAAAGAUACUUACAUCCUCAUGAUCCGUGAAGACAAAGACAGGAUGGAUAAAAUACAAAAAAUAGGAGCUGAGCUGCAGGGCCGAGUGCACAGUGACUUUCAGGCUCUGCAUAACUUCCUGCGGGUGGAGGAGGAGACCAUGAUGGAGGAUUUAAGGAGAGACCAGGAGGAAAUGCUGCAGGGACUGGAGCGACAUCUGGAGGUCUUACAGGUGGCCAUCAGGGACGUGGAACAGAACAUCAACACGCUAAGACAGACUGCCAACAGCGCAGACCAAUCUGUGCUCAUAGAGCUACCAGAAUUGAAUUCAAGACCACCUCUGCAAGAGCUGAAUGUCAACAUCAAUGCUUUUAAAAGCAAAUUCAUCGCUCCUCUUCAGUACACUAUGUGGAGAAAGAUGUUUCAACAUUUACAGCCAGGCCCAGCCCCAUUGAUAUUUGAUGAGGACACUGCUCACCCCAGCCUACAACUUUCAAGGAACAAAACCCAAGUGGUUGAGAGCGACAACAUGCACAUCUACACAUCCAACGCAAAACGCUUCCUCCAGUGCGUCAACAUUCUCGCGACCGAGGGCUUUCAUACAGGCAGCCAUUAUUGGGAAGUGGAUGUGAGCAAUAGUCUGAAAUGGGAUUUAGGCGUCGCGCUGGAAUCUGUGAAUCGUCAGGUCAGAGUCAUACUGUGUCCGGAGAAUGGGUACUGGACCCUCCGGCUCCGGAAUGGAAACCAGUACUCCGCCGGCACCCAGCCCUGGACGCCACUGGCGGUGAUGGCCUCUCCAAGAAGGAUUGGGGUUUUUCUGGAUUGUGAGGAAAGGAAAGUGUCAUUUUAUAAUGCAGAUAAUAUGACCCUGCUGUAUUCAUUCUCAGACGGGCCGAGAGGAAAAGCAUUACCUUUCUUCAGCCCCUGCGUUAGCGAACGUGGUCAGAAAGCCCAGGCUAUCCGAAUUCUCCACUUUCCAUCUCAGUGUCCAUUGGAGUUUUAAAAGUGCAUUGCGUGAUGUUAUGCCAGUCAUUUGGUUUAGUUGAAGGAUUUUGUGUUGUAAAAUGGUUAUCACCGAUGCUUUAUUAGAGCCAUGCAGAUAUAAUAACAGUAAUCGAUCACUCUACGAUGAAUUUAUUGUAUGUUGUGUGUGUACUUAUCAGGCAGAUAAUUAUUUUUGUGCCAGUUUUGUGUAGAUACACAAAGAUAUGAUUUUACAAUGGAUUUGGGUCCGAAACAUUAUUGUAAUUGUUGGAAAAAUAACCUGGGUAGCUGUAGUUUCACAAAUGCAGUUAUUUUUUAUUCUCUCGCUAACGCAAGUAUUAUAAAAAUGAAAGAGCAACUCUACAUACUGUAUACUGUAAAUCAAUUACUAUUUUAAUCUGAUUUGUUGACUUUAUAUUAUGCGAAAUGCACUUUGCACAAAUACUUUUAAUUGUUGUGUUACAGAAAGAAAUUAUAGAUCAUUUCAUAAAAUCAAAUGAAUAUGUUAAUAAUGUUUGUAGCCAUAUCAUUCCCCCCCAAUUCUUACCGAAAAAGGGAGCGUACCUCUCGUUUCUGCUUUGUCAGUAGUUAAUGUUCAUUUUCUUUGUAGUCAGUAAAUGUGAAGCUGCUUUAGUUCUUCCUGUCCAUCAUGGUGUCAAGGCUCAGUGAUGAGAAAAUGUUUAUUUUUGAUUUAUUUCGAACUCUUCCUUCCUUUUGAAUGGACAAAAACAAGCAUUCUGUUUUAUCAACCCUCAUAUAUUUCAGAUAUUAUUAUUAUUAAUGCAUGCUUUUUAUGCACAACCUAUAAAUCACACAUACUUCUCUCUGUAAUUACAUUGCUUAUUUCGAUUAUGUACCGCAAUUGUUCGUGUGGGGGUGCACCUGGGGUGGCAUCCCGGAUGCAGACAACAGUAAGGAUGGGACUGCCAUUAUCUGUUAGAGCAGGCAAGUGUGUGGACAUCCUCUUUCCUCCUGCCCCCUGUAAGGGGUCACACAAACAGAAUACGAGCUCGGGUGCCCUCCAACCACUUUAUUGUCAACUGGGGACUGGGGGUUUGGGGCUGUUUUGGCUGCUGGAAAUAAGAGCGACGCUCAGCCCUCCUCCACAGGGUCAGAUUGCCUUUAAACACGGUGAACAGCCAUGAUUUAAACAGCCUAUUAACAUUCCAGCCCUUUGGCUUUGUUCAAAGCAUUUAACACACGGCUGAAGCAUCUAGUGCUUUCAUUUAUAAAGCUGGACUUGUUUGUCCUACAAUGUUUUUUUACUGAAUCUACGUGUAUAAUAAAUGUCAGGUGGAUUCUUUUACAUGACACAUAUGUCUGUCAAUCAUUGAGACUAUACAUGUAAAUACAGUCUUAUAACAUUUAUUUUUUGUCAUGGGUUACUAAAUGUCCAAUUUUUAUUACUUCACUGCAAAAAUGUCUUAAAAAUGGCCAGAAUAAAAAGAAAGGUCAGUCAUUUCCCUGAAAAAAAAGUGUUUAUCUGAAGACAGCUGUCAUUACUACCUAUAUUUGAUUGAAUAUAUGCAAGACAGUGUGUUGUAUCUUGUUGUUGGCAGUGUUGUUACAGAAGUUCCUGGUGAUGAGUGACAUGCUCUUAUUUCCUUCUGAUGAGCGGUAGAGUUAGUAAUGUGUUUCCUGACCGCAGGAUGUGGAAGAAGAAAUCAUGGCACUUCAAGGUCUUGUCCUUGAGCUGGAAUAUAAAGAACACUGCUAAAGGAAACAACGCUUUUCAUGUCUAAGACAGGAAAAAGUCAAUAAUAAUAUAAUAAUGUCUACAUAUUAACAAUUUUAUCAUUAUUUGGACCAUAUUUUGCAUAAUUGUAUUGCAUAAAUAAUUCAUGUAGUAGGUCAUGUGCAAUAUUUUCUUUUUUGGGAGGAAUUCGUUUUUGAUUAUUUGAGCAUUAUAGGUACUUUACAAAAAGGUUUUAUUAGUACACAUUAGUAAAUGCAUUAACUAACAUGAACAAACAAUAUAUUUUUUCAGAAUGUAUUCAUUCUUUUUAAUGAUUAUUACUGUCAAUGCAGUUCAAAAUUCAUGCUAGUUCAUGGUGCUUUAAUUCGUGUUAACAGUUACGAUGCUUGAAAUAAAUGUUAAAGUAAAUGCCGAAAUUAACAUGAAGAUUAAUAAAUGCUGUAGAAGUUUUGCUCAUUGUAAGAUAAU